CAAAGGCGCCGGCGAGGCCGUUCGGCGUAGCCGCCAUUUUGUGCGCAGGGCUCCGAGCCGGAGGAGAGACGAGCAGUAGCGGCACCAUGUCUCGGGAUCGGUUCCGUAGCCGAGGCGGUGGCGGUUUCCACCGGCGCGGAGGGGGUGGCGGAGGCCGGGGAGGCCCCAACCAUGAUUUCCGGUCUCCACCGCCCGGCAUGGGUCUUGGCCAGAACCGCGGCCCCUUGGGGGGCGGCCCGCCUGGCGGGGGCCCUAAGCCCGAACCCCCGAAGCCGCCCGUCUCGACCGCCACGCCGCCCGCCUCGUCCUCUUCCGCCCCUGCCGCUACCUCGGGCCCGUCCGGCAGCCAGGCCGGCUCCGGGCCCCCCGCGGGGCCUACACCGGCCGCGGGACAGCAACCGCCGCAGGCCCAGGCGGCCGCCGCUGCCGUUCCCCCUUCCACCCCGUCCGUCCCUGGGGCACAGGCGCAGCCGAAGCCGAGCCCCACCCCUGCCGUCGGCCCCAAGAAAGGCCCGGGCCAGUCUCCGGGCGGGGGGCCCAAGGGCCCGGGGGGCCCCAGCAGGGCCCCGGCGGCCCGCACCCCAAGGGGGGGGCAGGGACACCGCGGCGGCCCGGGCGGCGAGCAGCGCGGGCGCGGCCAGGGCCAGCAGCACCCAGGGCAGAGCCUCAAUUUGCAGCAGGGCUCGGCCGGAGGCAGCGGCGAGAAGGCCACGGACGAGGGCUUUAAAGCAAAUCUCUCUCUUCUGAGGCGACCUGGAGAGAAGACUUACACCCAACGUUGCCGUCUGUUUGUGGGGAACUUGCCUGCUGAUAUUACAGAUGAAGAAUUCAAAAGAUUAUUUGCUAAAUAUGGGGAGCCUGGAGAGGUUUUUAUCAACAAAGGGAAAGGAUUUGGAUUCAUUAAAUUGGAAUCCAGAGCACUGGCUGAAAUUGCGAAGGCAGAACUAGAUGAUAUUCCUAUGAGAGGCCGACAGCUUCGAGUUCGUUUUGCCACACAUGCUGCUGCUCUGUCUGUGCGUAACCUUUCACCCUAUGUGUCCAAUGAGUUAUUGGAGGAAGCUUUUUCACAGUUUGGUCCAGUUGAAAGAGCUGUUGUGAUUGUAGAUGAUCGUGGCAGAUCAACAGGAAAAGGCAUUGUUGAAUUUGCAUCUAAGCCAGCUGCAAGGAAGGCAUUUGAACGGUGCACCGAAGGAGUAUUCUUGUUGACAACUACUCCUAGGCCAGUUAUUGUGGAACCACUUGAACAACUGGAUGAUGAAGAUGGUCUUCCAGAAAAGCUUGCUCAGAAGAAUCCAAUGUAUCAAAAGGAAAGAGAAACUCCACCCCGCUUUGCUCAGCAUGGCAGUUUUGAAUUUGAAUAUUCCCAGAGGUGGAAAUCCUUAGAUGAAAUGGAAAAACAGCAAAGAGAUCAGGUGGAGAAAAACAUGAAAGAUGCCAAGGACAAACUUGAAAGUGAAAUGGAAGAUGCCUAUCAUGAACAUCAGGCAAAUCUCUUGCGUCAAGACCUUAUGAGGCGUCAAGAAGAAUUGAGGCGUAUGGAGGAACUUCAUAAUCAAGAAAUGCAGAAACGCAAGGAAAUUCAGUUAAGGCAGGAAGAAGAACGUCGUAGGCGGGAAGAAGAAAUGAUGAUUCGCCAGCGUGAGAUGGAAGAACAGAUGAGAAGACAAAGGGAAGAGAAUUACAGUAGAAUGGGUUACAUGGAUCCAAGAGAGAGAGACAUGAGAAUGGGUGGUGCCAGCACAAUGAACAUGGGAGAUCCCUAUGGUGCAGCAGCUCAGAAAUUCCCACCUAUGGGUGGUGGUGGUGGUGGCGGUGGCGGCAUAGGUUAUGAGGCCAGUCCCGGUGUUGGCCAACCAGCCAUGAGUGGUUCUAUGAUGGGAAGUGACAUGGUGAAGAUGAUGCAAGCUGAGUGAAAUCAACGUGCUCAUCCAUGUGAACAGUAGGGCCUGAGCACAAUCCAGAAUGUGACCUGAUGUCCAGUGAUGUGGAGUAGCCAGACUGCGAAGUGAAUGGGUGAGUAGUAGAUUAAUCUUGGGAUACUGAAUUUGUAAGAAGAAAUGACCCCAAGUGUACUUAGCAGUUUCCACCUAAAAUUUGACCUGAUCUUAAUAUAGAUUCUUAAGAUCAGAAGUCAUUCUUUAAUGGAUUUUAUAUAAAACCUUUUAAUCUUUCUUUUGUAGAACCAAGAUAAGCAUUGUUUGAGGCUUUCCGGCUCUGCAGCAUCAAUAAACCCUGCUCAUUGAACUCUACAGAUGCUCAGACACACACAAGGAACCUAACAUGUUAAUUUCAAGCACCGUAAGAAAAGCAUGGUGCAUUAGGAGGAGAAAGGUCUAGGGCAGAUAGCUUAACACUUGAGUAAAACAAUUACAUAAAUUAAACUUGAUAUAAAAAUAUUGGUUCUGCUUUUCAUCUUCAAAACAUUUUACAAACAAUUGAACUUCACAGCAUCCCGCAAGGUAGGUGAAUCAAUAUUAUAUGUUUUUAUAUGUGGGGAAGCAAGCAGACUGGAGGUAGUAUGCAGGGACCAUAAGGAGGAAUCUGCAGAGCUGGAAUUAAACUAGAAAAAUCUUUUUUCUCCACCAUUUGACCCAGACCUCAGUCUAAAACACUUACAAAAUAUUAUGCCAGUAUUUAAAACCACAGGCCUCGGGGAAACUUGCUAAAUAUUUUCUUUUGCACUGUUGAUGGUUGUAUGCAUCUGAUCUAUCCUUUAGGCAGAAUGAACACUUAAAAUUUGAAACCAAUGAUGUAAAGAUCCUUAUGAUUUGAUCCUAAUGCUAUGUAGUCCAAUUCAGAACUGCUUCUAUGUCCCUGUUUCUAUGCUAUUCACUUCAUUCCAGCUGUAUCCUGAAAGCUCAUAUACAUUGCUAAAGAAUGUUUGUUCCAGAUGCAUGAUUUUUUUUUGUGUUCAUUCAAUAUUUGUUUUUUAAAGUGAUCUAUGUAUGAAGAUUGCUGGUAACUUCUCUAGAUUUUGGGCUAACUUUGUGUUUUUGCAUUCACAGGAAGAAGCAGUGUAUGAAGUCCAGAACCCAGUGGAGAGGAGCCAGGGACUUAAGUGGCAAUGUUUUUCUUUCAAUAAAAUAUUCAAUUGCUUAUACAGA